AUGACCGCAGACACAUCCCGUCUCACCUCUGCUGACGAAAGCAGUGGCGGCGGUUCGAUGCCUCUGAUUGUUAACGCUUUAGCAGCCUGCAUUCUCCUGUGUUCUGUCUCCUAUGUUUUAUUUGUGUUCUUCUGGAAGUCAAAACACGAGGGUACUUCUAGGCAGCCCCGCGGCGGAUCGCUCACACCACUGGAAAACAACGUUGUGAUCACAAAAGUUGCGGAAAGGGCGGCUGAACCC